AGAGCGAGGGCAACGCCUCAAAGCACCGGGAAUCUCUCGCCAUCGCCCUGUCUCUUUUUUUUCCCCUCCUCUUUUCCUCCCGAGCAAGCUCGUUCUUUCACUCUCGUGUGGUGUUCGCCGCUGACUGGAAGGCAGCGUUUCCUUUCAUGGAGGCGACGUUGUCACCUCAGUGGACUGUAGAGUCAUCUUUGUUCAUUCAAGGAGUGGAGAAAUAGGUUGGUGGGCCUUUUUUUUUUUGUUUUUUUUGUUUUUUUGUUUUUUUUUUGCCCCGAGAAGCGGGGAUGCCUUCCUAGCAUUUCGGGUGCUAUGUCGCCUCUUGAACUCUGACAUCGCCUACGGAAGCCCGGACGUUCUAAACAGUGGGGGGUUGCUUUAUUCACCGACAUGGACAUCAACCUGCAGUCGCACCGCUUCUACUUCCCGCAGAUCUACUGCGCCGAGCCGGGGGUACAGCAGCAGCAGCUAAACGAGUUCAAAGUCAGCGAGCAGAGCAUCUGCCAGGCGAGGGCGUCGGUCAUGGUCUACGACGACACCAGCAAGAAGUGGGUGCCCAUCAAGCCGGGCCAGCAGGGCUUCAGCCGCAUCAACAUCUACCACAACACGCCCAGCAACACCUUCAGGGUGGUGGGCGUCAAGCUGCAGGAUCAGCAGGUGGUCAUCAACUACUCCAUCGUGAAGGGGCUGAAGUACAACCAGGCCACGCCGACCUUUCACCAGUGGCGGGACGCCCGGCAGGUCUACGGCCUCAACUUCGCCAGCAAGGAGGAGGCCACCACCUUCUCCAACGCCAUGCUCUUCGCCCUCAACGUGCUCAGCGCCCAGGACGGAGGUCCAGCUGUGCAGCGCCAAGUCCAAAAUGGACCAGGUUCGGAAGAGAUGGAAGCCCAGAGAUCAAGGCAGAUGAUGGAGCAGCAGCAGAUGCAGGCCCACAUGGAGCGGGAGCGACGCUCCUCCAACUCAGGUUCUCCUUUCCAAGGCCACCCCGCCGUGCUCUCGGUGGCGCCACCGGUCGUACCUCCCCCUGCGUGCACGGCUGCGGGACCUCCGCCGCCACCCCCGGGACCGCCGCCACCCUCCGCCGGGGCCCCGCCGCCGCCGCCUCUGCCUCCCCCGCUGCCCAGCCACGGGGAGGAGCCGCCAGCCCAGACGGGGCUCGCCGCCAUGAUCGCCGGUGCCAAGCUGCGGCGCGUGCAAAGACCGGCCCAUCCGUUUGUUUUAACAAUAACGCUGCAUUCUCGCCAGCCGGAGGAGAGCUCGUCCAGUGCGUCCAGCGUCAAAAGCAACGACGUCAACCGGACGAGCGGCGGCAGCGGAGGACUGAUGGAGGAGAUGAACGCGCUUUUGGCCCGAAGAAGAAAAGCAGCGUCAGAGAAGCCAGAGGACAACCAAAGUGAUGACAUCAAUUCUUCGUCGCCCAGCACCAGAGGGGGUCAGAACGCCACAGACGCUGUAAAAAAGCCAUGGGACAGAGCCAACUCUGCAGAUAGGGCCGUGGCUUCAAGGGUACGGCCUGCGGGGAGCGGCAACGACGCAGACUCGAUAGACAUGGAUAGAAUGAAACAGGAAAUCUUGGAAGAAGUAUUCCGUGAGUUGCACAAAGUGAAGGAAGAAAUUAUUGAUGCCAUUAGACACGAACUCAGUCGAGUGAGCACGACAUAAUGUCGCCUAUCCGAGGAGGAGGAGUCGGGCCCAAACUGUGACGUCCACAGUGAUGUCGAGGCGCCGCCGUAGCCGCCACGUUUUUUUGCGGUGUGCAUUGACUUGAGGGAAGGCGCUGUGUGUGUGUGUGUGUGUGUGUGUGUGUGUGUGUGUGUGUGUGUGUGUGAGUGUGUGAGUGUGCGCGUGUGUGUGUGAGUGUGUGCGUGUGAAGAAACUGUCAGUUCUUUAUAUUUGUCUUUGUUUGCCCCUCUGUCUUUGGCCUGAAAACAAGAAAAUUCAAUAUAUUCAAAUAGUUUUAUUGUGUCCAGGUGUUCACUAAACACUUUUAAAAAA